GGGCCCCCGCGGGGCACGUUGGGGCGGGAAGGGGCAAUGGCGGCCAUCGGGGUGCACCUGGGAGCCACCUGUGCGUGCGCCGCUGUGUACAAGGAUGGCCGCGCCGAUGUGGUCGCCAACGACGCCGGGGACAGGGUCACGCCCGCGGUCGUGGCGUUCUCGGAGAGCGAGGAGGUUGUUGGCUUAGCUGCGAAGCAAAGCAGGAUAAGAAAUAUUUCCAACACUGUCGUGAAAGUGAAGCAGAUCCUUGGGCGAAGCUCUGGUGACCCUCAGGCAAAGAAAUACAUUGCAGAAAGCAAAUGCUCUAUGAUUGAGAAGAAUGGAAAACUUCAGUAUGAAAUAGAUAACAAACUUAUUAACCCAGAAGAUGUGGCAAAACUAAUUUUCAGUAAAAUGAAAGAGACUGCCCAGUCUGCAUUGGGCUCAGAUGUGAAUGAUGUUGUUGUCACUGUACCAUUUGAUUUUGGAGAGAGUCAGAAGAAUGCCCUUGGGGAAGCAGCUACAGCUGCUGGGUUCAAUGUUAUGAGAUUAAUUCAUGAACCAUCUGCAGCUCUCCUUGCUUAUGGAAUUGGCCAAGAUUCACCCACUGGGAAAAGCAACGUGCUGGUUUAUAAACUGGGUGGAACAUCACUUUCUAUCACAGUCAUAGAAGUGAACAGUGGAAUAUAUCGUGUGCUUGCUACAAACACAGAUGACAGCAUUGGAGGAGUUUGCUUCACAGAAGCUCUAGCACAACACUUAGCUUCUGAAUUUCAGAGGUCUUGUAAACAUGAUAUUAGAGGAAAUCCCAGAGCCAUGAUGAAAUUAAUGAACAGUGCUGAUAUUGCAAAACACUCUCUAUCAACCCUGGGAAGUGCAAACUGUUUUGUAGAUUCAUUGUAUGAUGGAUUGGAUUUUGAUUGCAAUGUGUCCAGGGCCAGAUUUGAACUUAUCUGUUCUUCACUUUUUAGUAAAUGUGUAGAAGCAAUUAAAAAGCUCUUGCAGCAAGUUGGAUUUACAGCAGAUGACAUUAAUAAGGUAGUUCUUUGUGGUGGGUCUGCUCGAAUCCCAAAACUACAGCAGCUGAUCAAAGACAUUUUCCCAACCGUGGAAUUACUGAAUUCAAUUCCUCCAGAUGAAGUUAUUCCCAUUGGUGCAGCCAUAGAGGCAGGAAUUCUGCUAGGGAAAGAGAAUACCUUGUUAGAAGAAGAUGCACUCAUUGAGUGUUCUGCCAAAGAUAUUCUUCUUAAGGGAGUAGACGAGUCAGGGGCUGACAAAUUCACAGUGCUGUUUCCAUCAGGGACACCACUGCCAGCUCGAAGGCAGCACACCCUGCACGCUCCUGGGAACAUUUCCUCUGUGUGCCUUGAGCUCUACGAGUCAUUGGGCAAGAGUCCCAUGAAUGAAGAAGAGAAAUUUGCACAGAUUGUGCUCCAGGAUUUAGAUAAAAAAGAGGAUGGCCUACAUGAUAUACUAACAGUUCUCACAAUGAAAAGGGAUGGGUCCUUGCAUGUCACCUGCACAGAUCAAGAUACUGGAAAGUGUGAAAUCAUCACUGUUGAAGUGGCAUCAUAGGCCACUUUGGAAGGCAACGUUUUUCUAACUUGAUUUUUGUCUCUUACUGGCUUUUCUGCCAAAGUAGUGACUCUCUGUGAUGUCUCUCAUGAUUCUUAGAGGACUGUAAUAAACUAAAAUGCCACCAAGUUAUUUUGCCACCAAGUCUGUUUAGAGUGUGGUGCAAAACGUUAGUCAAGACAUGUGAACGGCAGAUUGUUGAAUUAUCAGCACUUGGUUUACAAAAUGCAAAUCACAAAUGCCUGUGGUUCAGUAACAACCAUAUUACAUAGUUUGAAGAUUUUUCUUGACUAAUCAGGUCUUGUACCCAUUCAGGCAGUGCAUCUGUGGCUUCAGUAGUAUAGCUUUGAACCUGAGAAGGAGACUGGUGAAAAUCCACUCAAUUUUAUACCAGAAUCCUGUGUGGUCUUGAUAUUGCCCAAAACCAUGAAGGUGGAGCCCAUUUGUGCUGGCCUCUUGAGCAGAUGAAUUUAUUUUUUUUUUUCAAAACUUUUUUUCUGUAAAAUGGUUUUGUCAUAUUACCUGAGAAAUGUAAGACUUAAGUGUGCUUAUUUAUAUGUUAUUAAAAAAAUACAUUUUUUUAUGCAGAUCCUGACAAUCUCCAUAAUGUGUGGUUUUAAAUCUGUAUUGUCAUACAUUUGUGGGGGUAUAAGCUGGCAGGUUUUUUCAAUGACGAGAUGGAGCAGGCAAGUGUGGUUAUGGAAUAUGA